GGGCCACCGAAGCGGGAGCACCUUGUGGGCUGGAGCUGCACUAGCAGGCGGCCUCCGCCGCGCCCCGCCGCGCGUUUCCAAAGAUGGUCAGUGGGUCGGGAGGCGCCCCCACCCCCGCCGGCCGCUAGCCCAGGUCCGCUUCUCCCCUGCCGCCGGCGAGCCAUGGCUCUGAAAGGACAAGAAGAUUACAUUUAUCUUUUCAAGGAUUCAGCGCAUCCGGUCGAUUUUCUGGACGCAUUCAGAACAUUUUAUUUGGAUGGAUUAUUUACUGAUAUCACCCUUCAGUGCGCUUCCGGCAUAAUCUUCCACUGUCACCGAGUCGUUUUAGCUGCCUGCAGCAAUUAUUUUAAGGCCAUGUUCACAGCUGACAUGAAAGAAAAAUUUAAAAGUAAGAUCAAACUGUUUGGCAUCCACCAUGACAUCUUGGAAGGCCUUGUAAAUUAUGCCUAUACUUCCCAAAUUGAAAUAACGAAAAGAAAUGUACAAAGCCUUCUCGAAGCAGCCGAUCUGCUGCAGUUCCUGUCGGUCAAGAAGGCUUGCGAGCAGUUCUUGGUUAGGCACCUGGAUAUUGAUAACUGUAUCGGGAUGCACUCCUUUGCAGAAUUUCACGUGUGUUCGGAACUAGAGAAGGAAUCCCGAAGAAUCCUGUGCUCGCGGUUUAAGGAAGUGUGGCAUCAAGAAGAAUUUCUGGAAAUCAGCCUUGAAAAGUUUCUCUUUAUCUUGUCCAGAAAGAAUCUCAACGUCUGGAAGGAAGAAGCUGUCAUAGAGCCGGUCAUUAAGUGGACCGCUCAUGACGUAGAGAAUCGAAUCGAAUGCCUGUGCAAUCUGCUAAGCUACAUCAACAUAGAUGUAGACCCAGUGUACCUAAAGACAGCUUUAGGCCUUCAGAGAAGCUGCCUGCUAACUGAAAAUAAGAUACGCUCCCUCAUCUACAAUGCCUUGAACCCCAUGCAUAGAGAGAUUUCCCAGAGGUCCACAGCCACCAUGUAUAUCAUUGGAGGCUAUUACUGGCAUCCGUUAUCAGAGGUUCACAUAUGGGAUCCUCUGACAAAUGUUUGGAUUCAGGGAGCAGAAAUACCAGAUUAUACCAGGGAGAGUUACGGUGUCACAUGCUUAGGACCCAACAUUUAUGUAACUGGAGGGUACAGGACAGACAACAUAGACGCUCUUGACACAGUGUGGAUCUAUAACAGCGAGGGUGACGAGUGGACCGAAGGCUUGCCCAUGCUCAAUGCCAGGUAUUAUCACUGCGCAGUCACCCUGGGGGGCUGCGUCUAUGCUCUAGGUGGUUACAGAAAAGGGGCUCCCGCAGAAGAAGCCGAGUUCUAUGAUCCGCUGAAAGAGAAGUGGCUUCCUAUCGCAAACAUGAUUAAAGGUGUGGGAAAUGCUACUGCCUGUGUCCUGCAUGAAGUUAUCUAUGUCAUUGGCGGCCACUGUGGCUACCGAGGAAGCUGCACCUAUGACAAGGUGCAGAGCUACAAUUCAGACAUCAAUGAAUGGAGCCUCAUUACCGCUAGCCCACACCCAGAAUACGGAUUGUGCUCAGUUCCGUUUGAAAACAAGCUCUAUUUAGUUGGUGGGCAGACCACCAUUACAGAGUGCUAUGACCCAGAACAAAACGAGUGGCGAGAGACGGCGCCCAUGAUGGAGAGGAGGAUGGAGUGCGGGGCCGUCAUCAUGAACGGAUGCAUCUAUGUCACCGGCGGGUACUCCUACUCGAAGGGGACGUAUCUCCAGAGCAUUGAGAAAUAUGACCCAGAUCUUAAUAAGUGGGAAAUAGUGGGCAAUCUCCCCAGUGCUAUGCGGUCUCAUGGGUGUGUUUGUGUGUAUAAUGUCUGAUUGAGUCCGUGGGCCUGACCAGGUCAUCACUUGGGGCACAGUAAAAGGAGUGCAGAGUUUGGGGUGCCUUGUUACUACGGUUUGGCACAUGCUAGGGCAUUGGAAAUUUUUAAUUCUAACCCUGCACGAUUCCCAGACCCAGUGAUGUAUGGGAAUAACGUAAGAUAAAUGUUAUGUAUGUGUGUAUACAGUUCAAUUAAGAGAGCUAACCCCUCCUAGAAUCUCUGGGGUAUCUGACACUCGGUAAAGGUGGGACACCUUUGUAAUGAAUCUUCUCUUCCUGGUAGCAUCAACACUGGGUAUAAGUCAGAAUCAUCCAUGCCGUGUUAGGAAUGUCUGUUAAGAACCUACCAUAUAGCUGGUGUGGUGGUGCAAGCCUUUAGUCCCAGCACUUGGGAAGCAGGGACAGGCGGAUCCCUGAGGAUAUCAGGGCCAGCCUGGUCUGACGAGGCAAGUUCGAGAUCAGCUUGUACAGUAAGAACAUGUCUUUAAAAGCCUAUGAGGUACCUGUGUAUAGUACAGGUCUCCAGCUGGCAGGAAUUUGGAAUGUAAAGAGGGAACCUUCUCUACCUCUACAAAACCAACACUUUAAAAUGUUUCCCUUUAGAAUUCCUCAGAAUGUGGAUUUACUUACCGUCUUUUCCCUUUGCGGUGUAUAUAACUUAUUGCUAGUAUUCUAUUUACUAUCGGAGCUUUACUAAACACUGUACAAAAGAUUGUUCAAAGAGUUUACAACGCAAUUUAAAAGAGUUGUAAACUGAGAGAAAAUAGUCAAAUAUUUGCUGAUGCUAACGGCCGUAUUUAGUUUUUAGCUUAGGUGUAAAUUGCUAGUUUAGGCGUCUGGCUUAAGCAUGCUGGAAAAUCCUCUUUAUAGUUAAAUGUCUGCUUAUAAAGUUGGGUCCCACAGCCAGAAAGCAUGUAGAACAGUGGGGAUGCAGUAGAAAAUGCACUGACGAGAAGUUUGCCUUCAUUAGCCAUCAUUGUCCUGACCAGAUUUUGUGACUUUACUCUCUGAACCCGUCUGUGACUAGAGCUUCCUGGCCCGUAUACACUGGCACCUUGAGACACAGAUCUGUCUAGAUCAAGAGCCCCUCAACCUUUGAAGCCAGAUGAGCCCUGGGUGACCUCUGGACCAGAUAUCCCCCUUUCCAGCUUCCUCUGUGUGCCUAUCGGCACCUCCACAUGUGCCAUAACUUAAGGGGAGAGGAGCACUACUUCACCCAAACCUGAGUGAGCUGUGGGAUCAUCUGCCCCACGGCAUGUUGGGUUUAUUGUUUUUUUCUUUAAGAGAUAAUACUUAUUUUUUACUUUAAAUAAAACUACUUCUGAUUUAAAAAAAAAACUUUUAAGAAGACUAUUUAAUACUUAUGUCAGAUAGCAUUUUAAAUAGAUACAACCGUUUGGAGUUGCUAUAUGGUACUUUUUUUUUUUAAUAAAGAGUCACAAAAGUGACCAUACGGGGCUAGUGAGAUGACUCGGUGGGUCAGAGUGCUCACUCCGCAGGCCCGAGACCUGCAUCUAAUUCUCAGAACCCACUGUGGAAGGAGAGCAUGGACUCCCGAAAGCUGUCCUCUGCCUUGCACAUGCGUGCUGUGUGUGCCACAUGUAUGCACGUACACACACACACACACACACAAUGGAAGUGAGUGUUCUCUGCCCUGUGAGCUCCCAUUAUUUUUGAACUAGAGAAUGAUGAAAAUAUAAAUGCAUGAGAAUGUUUAUGUCUGCAUUAUAACGAGUAGCAACAAUGUGAAGAAACCUAUGUUAAAGAAAGUGUGCUAAUGCAAUGAUGGCGUGUAGAGCCAUGAGAAUCACUACGUGGAAGACUGUAGAAGUGUGAUGUGUCUGUGCUCAGAGAAGCACAGUGCAAACUGGGAUUCGCAUGAGGAUUGCCACUGUAAAGCCUUUAUGCAUGCAAAAGGUAACAUGCUCAAUAAACUCAAGGUGUGAGGAGAUGCGGACUGGUUUGAAAUUUAUUGAAUUUUUUUCUUUGUAUUUUCAAUAAAGAUAAAUAAGUC